AUGACUUUGUCAGUUACCACACUGGCCAUAACAGGCCUGGUUGUCCUCGUCAUCUACAAAGUGAUCAUAUAUCCAGCAUUUCUAUCGCCACUGUCCAAGAUCCCCAAUGCCCACUGGAGUGCCCCCAUCUCCCCAGCAUGGAUGCUAUGGAGGCGAUUCACAAGCCGGAACAACAGAACCAUACAAGCAGUCCAUGAGAAGCUAGGUCCGAUUGUCAGACUGGGACCAUCCGAGAUCUCCAUCAACUGCGUCGACGGCGGAAUCAAGUCUGUCUACACAGGCGGAUUCGAGAAACAUGACUGGUAUCCACGAGUCUUCGGUUCAUUUGGAACAGUGAGCAUGUUCACCAUGACCGGAAGCAAGGCACACUCAAACCGGAAGAGGAUGUUGUCCAACAUUUACUCCAAGUCAACCUUGCAGACAUCUCCUCAUCUGGGGGUCGUGUCCAAUGCAGUCGUCUUCGACCGUCUGCUACCGCUUCUCCACGAAGCAGCUUCGUCUGACAAAGCAGUUGAUGUGCAUGAUCUGAACCAAGGGCUGACCAUGGACUUCGUCUCAUCCUAUCUAUUCGGUCUGCAGAACGGAACGAAUUUCCUACAAGACGAGUCCCUACGGAAACACUGGCUCCAUUUGUAUAUGUGCAGAAAGCCAUUUGAGUUCUAUGCGCAGGAGGUCCCUUAUCUGGAUGGCUGGCUGAGAUGUGUCGGUCUGCGGGUGGUACCGAAGUACUGUGAUGAUGCCAAUGCAAUGCUCGAUGCGUGGGCUUUAGACCUGUGCGACAGAGGAGAUCAAUUGAUCGCGUCAACCGAGCCGGGCGUUGAGCCCAGCGUGUACAAGCAGCUGAAACAAGCUCUAGACAAAGAUUCCGCAAAGAAGGGCGUCGCGGAAGUGGACAAAGCCCAGCAGCGACUCGAUAUUGCUUGCGAGAUGUAUGACCAGCUGACAGCAGGGUUUGAAACCAGCGCGGUUGGUCUCACGUAUUUGCUUUGGCAACUUUCCCGGAAUCCAGAUGUGCAGAAUCGACUCCGCAAAGAGCUGUUGUCUCUAAAUCCUCGGAUCUCCUAUCCGAAGUCUGCAGGGCUCCCGUCGGCCAAGGCAAUUGAUAACCUACCCUUGUUGGAAGCCAUUGUGACGGAGACGUUGAGACUCCAUGCUCCCAUCCCGGGUAUCCAGCCCCGAGUGACGCCAUCUCCGCCUUGCACUUUGGCUGGGUAUGGGGAUAUUCCGCCUAACAUUAGAGUGAAUGCUCAAGCUUAUUCUCUACACCGCAACCCCGAGGUGUUCCCCGACCCGGAGAGCUGGCAGCCGAAGCGGUGGCUGGUUGAAGAAAACUCAGCUGCUGAGCUGGAUGAGAGACGUCGGUGGUUCUGGGCGUUUGGAAGUGGAGGGCGGAUGUGUGUUGGGAGUAAUCUGGCAUUGCAAGAAAUGAAGUUGGCCGUCGCUGCGAUAUACACUAAUUUCCGCACCAUUAUUGUCAACGACGACAAUAUUGAAGCAAUCGACGCUUAUACCGUCAAGCCACAAGGUGACAAAUUGAUUCUGAAGUUCGAAGCAAUUUGA